AUUGGUUAGUUGCUACACAUGCUUUAAGUUGGGAACUUCCUCUCUCGAACACACUCACGUUGGGAAGCUUUCAGGGCGAGCUCUUUAAUUGUGAGAAGGGCACAGUAUUUCUCUUCAACCUUCAGCCAUGGCGAGGAAAUAUUUGUUCCUCGGAAUAUUGGGGCUUAUUUUAUUAGCUGGAUUCACAGUUGCAGCAGAUGGAGAUGAUGGUGAGGAGGCAGCCACAGUUGAUGCUGACAUCGGCAAGAGUCGAGAUGGCUCAAAGACUGAUGAUGAGGCAGUACAAAGAGAAGAAGAGGCUAUAAAGUUAGACGGGCUGAGUGUGGCACAGAUGAAGGAGAUGAGAGAGAAAGCUGAGAAACACACAUUCCAAGCUGAGGUGGACAGGAUGAUGAAACUGAUCAUCAAUUCUCUCUACAAAAACAAAGAGAUUUUCCUCAGAGAACUGAUUUCCAAUGCGUCUGAUGCCCUGGACAAGAUCCGCUUCCUCUCACUUACCGAUAAAGAUGCCCUGGGUUCAAACGAGGAGCUCACCAUCAAAAUCAAGGCUGACAAGGACAAUCACGUGAUCCAUGUUACUGAUACUGGCAUUGGCAUGACACGCGAAGAACUUACGAAAAACCUUGGUACCAUUGCCAAAUCUGGCACCAGUGAAUUCUUGAACAAAUUGGGAGAAUCCACAGGAGAACAAGCCAGCGAUCUCAUUGGACAGUUUGGUGUUGGUUUUUACUCUUCUUUCUUGGUUGCUGAUCGUGUUGUGGUCACUUCAAAGAGCAACAAUGACGAGCAGUACAUCUGGGAGUCAGAUGCCAAUUCUUUCUCCGUCACCAAGGACCCCAGGGGUAACACCCUAGGAAGAGGAACCACCAUUAGUCUGUUCUUGAAGGAGGAGGCUCAUGAUUACCUGAAUGAAGGCACCAUUAAAGACUUGGUCAAGAAAUACAGUCAGUUCAUCAACUUCCCCAUCUACCUGUGGACUAGCAAGACGGAGAUGGUGGACGAGCCAAUUGAGGAGGAGGAAGAGAAGAAGGAUGAGGCAGCCGAGGAGAAGAAAGAUGAGGAUGAAGAUGAGGAGGAAGAAGGAAAGGUUGAGGAAGAGAAGGAGGAAGACAAACCAAAGACCAAAAAAGUGGAAAAAACAACUUGGGACUGGGAGCUCCUUAACAGUAGCAAACCUAUUUGGACUAGAAAACCUGCAGACAUUGCAUCUGAUGAGUACGAUGACUUCUACAAGGCUAUAAGCAGAGAGAGUGAUGCCCCUCUGGCUCACACCCACUUCACAGCCGAGGGUGAGGUGACCUUCAAGUCCAUCCUGUUCAUCCCCAAGACCUCCCCACCCGAUACCUUCCAGAGUUACGGGAAGAAGGUCGAUAAUAUCAAGAUGUAUGUUCGACGUGUUUUCAUCACAGACAACUUUGAAGACAUGAUGCCAAAGUAUCUGUCCUUCAUUCGCGGUGUCGUAGACUCUGACGAUCUGCCCCUGAAUGUUUCACGUGAAACCCUGCAGCAGCACAAAUUGCUCAAGGUUAUUAAGAAGAAACUUGUGCGUAAAACACUGGACAUGAUCAAGAAGAUUGGAAAGGAGGAUUUUGAUAAAUUCUGGAAAGAGUUCAGCACAAACAUCAAACUCGGUGUUAUUGAGGACCACUCUAACAGAACCCGUCUGGCCAAACUGCUCAAGUUCCAGUCCUCCAACUCUGAAACUGAAAUGACAACUCUUGCGGAGUACACAGAGAGAAUGAAAGAGAAACAAGAGGCCAUUUUCUUUGUGGCUAGCACAAGUAGAGAAGAGGCUGAGAAGUCUCCAUUUGUGGAACGUCUCCUGAAGAAAGGUUAUGAGGUCCUCUUCCUCGUGGAACCCAUCGACGAGUACUGCAUACAGUCUCUGCCAGAGUUUGAUGGCAAAAAGUUCCAGAAUGUCGCCAAAGAAGGCUUGAAGCUGGAUGAGUCUGAGAAGGCCAAAGAGAGAAAGGAAGCCCUGGAGAAAGAAUUUGAACCCCUAACAAAAUGGCUGAAAGAGAAGGCUUUGGCUGAUAAAAUUGAAAAAGCUGUGAUUUCGGAUCGUCUUGACCAGUCACCAUGCACCCUGGUGGCCAGUCAGUAUGGCUGGUCUGGUAACAUGGAGAGAAUUAUGCAGGCACAGGCUUAUGCUAAAGCCAAAGAUCCUUCUCAAGAAUUCUAUGCAUCACAGAAGAGAACACUGGAAAUCAAUCCCAGGCAUCCUCUCAUGAAGGAACUCAAGAGUAAAGUGGAGGCAAAUGAGGAUGACCAAACUGCUAAAGAUUUGGCAGUGGUCAUGUUUGAGACUGCCACUCUGCGGUCAGGUUACGCCCUCAAGGACACGGCAGGGUUUGCUGAGAGAGUGGAGCGCAUGAUGCGCCUCAGUUUAGACAUUUCAUUGGACGAAAAGGUUGAAGAGGAACCAGAGGAGGAGGAAGCAGAAGAUGCAGGUGGAGAUGAAGAGGUCGAUGCUGAUGGUGAAGAGGAAGACGGUCAGCCAGCAGCCGAUGAAGAUGCCAAAGAUGCAGAAGAAACAGAACAGAAGGAAGAAACCAAGAAAGACGAAUUAUAACCUCGGCGUGAUGGGCUGUCCCAUCUUUGAUGUAUCAUAUUGACUUUUAUCAAAGACCCAAAAUAACAUAUAAAUAUGUAUAUGUAACAUAUGAAAAAAGUAUUGAGUGAAGAAAUGAUGGACAGAGUACAGAAUAUUACGUAUAUUUUAUGUGUUCCACAGCUGUUUUGUCUUACGGUUCUCUCGCAUGCCACGCCUUGUUUUAGAUGGAUUUCCAGACGCAUUUACUGACAGUAUAGCUUUUGCACGUUUCUUACGAGUGUGGGACGAUGUUAGAGACAGAUACUGCAAGCAUUCCUAAAGCGUGCAAACUCUGAGCACGUGAAGUGAGCUGCAACGGCCUAAAUUGGGCUGUUAUGGAAUUAUAAAUGUGUCUUAAUAACGAGUGACAUAUGUCACCAUCCUGGCAUCUUUUACUUUACUUGAACUGUUAACGAAUUAACUGUGUUGUCGUGGACGAAUCAUGAACUGAAAUCUUUUCAAAGAUUGAAAAGAAAGAACUGCUGUGCAUUUCACUUAGAUGUUUGCUUGUUUGACUUUUAUGUUGAUUUUGUUGAAGGAAGGUUGUACCUUUUCGUUAUUUGUUUUUAAUUUGUUCAUUCAUAUUUUUUCAUUCCCAAUAUACCUA